AUGCCUCAAUUUGGAAAAAAGAAAAGAAAAGAAAAAAGAAAGAAAGCAAGAGGUAGUCAAUCUUUAGCAAGCUAUGAAGAUCUGAGCUCCAGUAGUUUUAGCUCUGCCAGUCGCGCUUCUCUGGAUGCUCGCUGUUCUCCUUCACCAUCUCCAUCAUAUGGAGCUGAAAAUGUUCUUGUAUUUCCGGGUGAUUCCAGUGGAUCAGUUUGAGGGUUUGAAAUUAUACAUAGGAAUUCUCUAUUACAUUUUCUUGAUUCUUAAACUGGCUCUUUAGAUAAGCAGUGGCCAUUGUAGUUUUCUGAAACACUGAUCAGCAGGACCAUGUCAGAGUACCAAAAAUUCCAUUAGCAGGAUAACGGAACUUAUAUAUUUUAAAAUAAGUCGUAUUUCUCUGUUAUACAUUGUGUAUAGUAUGCUGUGAGCACAGAAUUCUUAUGAUUAAAUUUUGAACGACUGUGUGAAUGAAUGAAAUGUUACUUCAACGCCAACUGACACAUUUGUGUUUGUUACCAUAAGAAGUAAACAUUUAAACCUAAUGUAUGUAGCCAAUAUACCAGAGGUAUAUUGUUUAAUCUCUAAAUUAAUUUUAAAAAUGUGAUAUCUGCGUAUCCCCAAUAUUGGAUUUCAAAAUUUUAUACCUAUAUAUCUUCAGUCAGAUCACAGCCAAAAGACAUAAGUUGCAUCUAGAGAUAGUUUCUUUAAUGAUUGACCUUAAGAUUUAUUACAAUGGGCAGUACAAUUUGUGAAAGAAAAAUAUUUCAUAUCAAUUGAGUCUGAUUUAAAGAUACAGGAGUUGGAUUUAAUGUAGAAGUUUUUGGGAAAUAUUUCAGCAUGGAUGGUUUCUUGUGAUCUUGUCACUAGAUAAGAUGUACUAAUAUCAUGAGUUCUUGUGAUUUCCUUAAACACUUGAAAUAUCAGAUGUAUAUCUAGUUUUUGCAGUACAUAUCAACCAUCAAGAUUUCCAAAAUUACUAUGUAUUCCAUUUUAUAUCCAUUUUAUAAUCAUGUUUGUGUAUCGUUCUUGAAUCAUAAAACGUGUUUUAUAUAAGUCUACAUAUUUGCUUCUUUAUGUUCUCACAGUAUAUCGGUUAAUGUGAGUUUUUGUUUGUCUUUUUAUUGAAAUGUUUUCUCUUUACUGGGUUGUAAAAGCAUUCCAAAAUAGUUGUCCUACAGUUUAUAAAUAUUUGCUAGUGUGCCAAAAAUUGUUAGGUUUUUUACUUUCUUUAAUAUUGCCUGCUGAGAUGAAACUUGAGAGGUCUUUAACAAUUACAUAAAAAUGAGUACCCCAUUGUGUUUUUCUAUACCAUUUUCUAUACAUUUGUUGUUGUAACAUUGUGUUUUUGAAUGUGAAUGAUCUUAUACGCGUAUACUUGACUGACAUACCCCCAAAACCCUGAAUAUAAGUAAAUAUGUGAUUUUGAGAGAAUAAAAGCUUGUGAUACUGAUUAUUGAAGAAGGCAUAGAAGUUUAUUUUAAGUAAAUAUGUGAAGGCCUUAAUAUCUAAAAAAUAUUGAAUUUUCUUAAUAUACAAUGAUUUUAUUUCAUCUCCAAUGCUAAGAAAUGUCUGAGGAAAUAACAACUGAAAUUGUACAGCAAGUUCAUUUCAUUUUUUAUUUUAGUAGAUGAAUUUGUUGAAACUCACAAGAGAGCUUUGUUAUAAAUUCUUUUAAAUUGUUGCAAAGGCUCUCAAAAAUUGCAAUACUAGUCAGCAUGAUACAUUAACUUAAUAUCCUUCAUUCUAUACAGAUUAACAAUUGCAUUGAACUGCUUGUGUACUCAGUGCAAAUAAGCUUGUCACGUAAAAGUGCUCAAUUGAUUGUACAUAUAAUUCCCUUAAUGAAGCUCAGAAAGCUGUUUUGUAAUAAUCUGUAUUUUUGUUUAUGAAUUAUAUUAUUAUAUUUCAUCAAUGUGCAGCAUAUAUUAGGAAUUAUUUUUGAGAAUAAUGAACUUUGUGAGAUGUAUGAUUUUUUCAUUAAAUUUCAUUAUGUUUUAAUUCGUAUUUGACAAUUUGCUACUUUAAAAAAGGAUGAAGAAAUGAAGAAAAAAAUCUUGAGAGAGGUUAGAAAUUGUACGUUGAAUGAGAAAAGAGAGAUGUGCAUUUUAAAUAUUAAUUUUUUCUUGGUAUAUAUUUAAAUGCAUGUAUUUGUGGCAUCAGAACUCAGAAUCUAUGACAGUCAAAAUAAAUGAAACUUCUCAAUGCUGCAUACUUGUGGCUACACUUAUAACUUGGAAAAUUUGUGCAUUUUCAUUUAACAGAGGGAAAAAAGCAUGGACGAUUAUAUUUGCUAAAAUCAGAUUUCAUUUGCAAAAUUUUCUUUGAAAGUGUUGCUUCAACAAGAUUUUUUCAAGAGAUAAGGUAAUUUUUCCAGAUAAAAAAAGGUAACGUUUAAAACAUUACUUUUGUUCUCAUAAAAGCAGCAAUCAAAGUGCUAUGGUGCCUUAUAAAACUGUUUGCUUCUGGAGGUGGUGAUAUAGUUCUAUGUACAUUUAUAAUAGCAUUUGAAAAUAAUAACAUUGGAAUCACAUUUAUUGGCAGUAAAUGAAGUGAGGCUGAUUCUUGGUUGUUAAAAUAAUAUGAACAUGAAACUUAUGUAUGAAUUCUCAAAGGUGUAAGCACCAAAGUGAUUAAAGCUAAUAUUGAGAAAACUAGAUUAAAUUAAAUAUUUUCAAGUAUUCUUGUACAAGUAGCAAUGCCAUUAUCAUAAACCUAAUACCUCAAAUAUGCUACUAUUUGAGAAUCCCUGAUAACUUCUAAUUAAUCCUCUGGCAGAAGCAUUGAAGCACUGAGAGUCUCAUGAUCAGUUUUUCUAUUGCUCUGAAGAUUUGUAUUACAUUUGGUUUUCUCAAAUUUGAGGUAUAUGUUGUUGGCAGUUUUGGCUAGCACACCGGGGAGUUUUUUCAUGCUUUAGCGGUCACCAAUGGACUGCGGUCUUGAUCUUCAAGCAUCUUGUCAGUGAUCAGUCUUAAAAAGAUGCUCGUUUUGUGAUCAGCGUAAAAAAAAAAGCUGACUGAAGUAAAAUUAUCACCCUGUGGUUGUCAAGUUUUCCACAACUUUGACAUGUACUUCACUUAUUAACUAUAUGUAAUCUAUAAUUUAUGUGUAAUAUAUAUUAUGUAAUAUUUUUAUUUACAAAAUUGUAUUUACACACAUUUUAUAGUUUCUUUUCAUCAUACAACCCAUUACUUUAAAGAGACUUGUAGAUGCAGAAAAUCAUAUUUUAUUUCUGUCAUUAUUUUAAUUCAUUUAGUUUUAUGUUUCUUAUGAAUUUUUAUUUUUCUCUAAUUCUUUAGUCUGAUGAGUAGAUGUUCUGAUGGUAAACUAAAAUACAAUUGUUCAUUGAAGAAUGAAGUCGGAAGUAGAUCAGAUCUAGUUUCAGAUCACUACCAGCUGACGUCUUUGAACUUGUUCUGUAUUUUGUUUUCUGUUUUCAUGCUAAAAAUAUUAUGAUAUUUUUCAAUAGAUAUCCAGUCUUAUUGUUUCAUAUUUAAGAAAAAUCACAUUGAAUUAAAUGUUUAAGGUGGUUAUUCCACUUUUCAUAUGAUUUCAUAUCUUUUAAAACUAUUCAAAUUUAGUAUAUCUUAAAGGUGCAACUCUGAUUGCUGCUUGUACAUACUCUUAUUAGUACUAAUGGUAAGCUUGCCGUAAGUGUAAAUCAUGUUAAUCAACAAAAAUCUACCAGAUGUAGCACUUUAAACCUUUGGAAUUCCAGUUGUCAUAAAAACAUGUCUUGUUCUGCUAAUAAAUUUAGAGCAUCAUAGCAACUAUUUUGAAAGUUCUGAUGUGAUUUAUUUCUGCAGCUGUCGCAGAUAUAUUGUAAAAGAUAGAUGAAAAAAAAGGUGAUUCGUAAUUUAAAUUUCACUCUAAGAUUAAUUGCUGCCCAGAGUAUUUUAAUGCUUUAUUGAUUUUUAUUCUUAACAAUUUAAUUAAGGAAAUAAGUGAACAAGGAAAGCAAGAAGGCACAGCUUAAACAGCAUUUUAUGAAUAUAAAUGUACAUUUGCUUUUUAUAACCAUGAAUAGGAGUCUUCCUAGCAAGGAUCACUUGUAAUAUAAGGAAUGGAUUUUUCUUGAUUUUUAAUAAUAAUAAUAAUAAUAAUAAUAAUAAUAUAUUCUGCCAUUAGGUGCCUGGAUUGUAAAUGUUCAGAGGAAAGAUCAUUCUUUGAUUUCAAAGAAAUGUAAAAUAUGAAGAAAUGGGUCAACGUAAAAGUCUAAUUUGUAGUUGCAAUGGAUAGUAACUUAAUGAAAUCAAAGUUACCUUGUUUGUGAAAAUUGAACUCGUGAACAAAUACCUACAAAUAGCUGCAUGUAUUAAAACAUACAUUUGAGUUAGGUCUAGACCAUAAAAGAAAGAAUUAUCAUAGAAAUCGUAGAUAUUAAUGUACCUGAGUAGAAA